AUGCAAAUAUCACACCGAAAGAUUCGACAAAAAAACCACGAUUCUGAAAAUACCAAUCAUCAUGAACACACAAAUUCCGAUAAUCAAAAAAGUGAAGAAAAUUUAAACAUCAUCACAACGUAUGAGAAGUGGAUCAACCGAGGGCUUUACGGAAUUGUCAUCAUCAUUGUGCUGUCAUUGAGUGCCUUUAUCUACUACAUGUAUUAUGUAUCGUCUGCAUUGACCAAUGCUUCACCACGAUACAAGCACCACUGA